GUUUGAUAAGCCACUACUUCCUUUCCACAUGUGAGCUGACAAUUUCACCAUCCGUCAACGAUGGCUCACUAUAAUUUUAAGAAGAUCACGGUUGUACCACCAGCAAAGGACUUUGUUGACAUUGUUCUAUCCAAAACUCAACGUAAGACCCCAACAGUAGUGCACAAACACUACAAGAUCUCCAGGAUACGGACGUUUUACAUGAGAAAGGUCAAGUUUUCCUCUCAGACAUUUCAUGACAAGUUGACACAGAUUAUCCAAGAAUUUCCUAAACUUGACGAUGUCCAUCCGUUCUAUGCCGACCUGAUGAAUGUGCUGUAUGACAAGGAUCAUUACAAGCUCGCCCUCGGCCAGAUCAACACUGCUCGACACCUUAUUGACAAUGUGGCCAAAGAUUACUACCGACUUCUGAAGUAUGGCGAUUCCUUGUACAGGUGUAAACAGCUCAAAAAGGCUGCUUUAGGAAGAAUGUGUACGAUUAUGAAGCGUCAGAAACAGAGUCUGGAGUACUUGGAGCAGGUCCGACAGCAUCUCUCCCGCCUUCCCUCCAUAGACCCCAACACCAGAACACUGCUCAUCUGUGGCUUUCCAAAUGUCGGCAAAUCCAGCUUCAUCAACAAGAUCACACGAGCAGAUGUGGAAGUCCAACCCUAUGCAUUUACAACCAAGUCCUUAUUUGUUGGACACACAGAUUAUAAGUACCUACGCUGGCAGGUAGUCGACACACCUGGAAUUCUUGACCACUCGUUGGAAGACCGAAACACAAUAGAGAUGCAGGCCAUUACAGCUCUCGCCCAUCUACGGUCAGCCAUCCUGUACAUCAUGGACGUAUCGGAACAGUGUGGUCACUCACUAGAGCAACAGCGUGACCUCUUCAGCAGUAUAAAACCUCUAUUUACAAACAAACCUCUAAUCAUCGUAGCAAACAAAAUUGAUGUUACAAAAAUAGAAGACCUUCCAGAAGAAAAAAAGCAAAUAUUUACUGAUUUUGAAGCGGAGGGAAUCCCUGUGUUACAUAUGAGUACCCUGUCUGAGGAGGGCGUUAUGAAAGUUAAAACAGACGCAUGUGAAAGACUUUUAUCUCACAGAAUACAGACGAAAAUUAAACUGAAGAAAGUGGCAGAUGUGAUGAACAGACUACACGUUGCCAUGCCAGCUAAACGAGACAACAAGGAAAGACCGCCAUAUAUACCACCAGGAGUUCAAAAGAAAGAACAGGCAAUGGACACAGGCAUCAAAAAGAAAACAGAGCGUGACCUGGAGCUGGAGCAGGGAGACGAUUAUUUCUUGGACCUUAGGAAAUCAUGGGACUUAGCCAAGAAAGAGGAAACAUACGAUGUCAUCCCUGAGAUAUGGCAAGGUCACAACGUGGCCGACUUCAUAGACCCAGACAUUAUGGAGAAACUUGAUGCACUCGAGAGAGAGGAGGAGUUACGGGAUAAAGCUGGUUACUAUAACAACGAAAGCAGCGAAGAAGACGAGGAGAUGAAAUUUAUAAGACGCACUGCUAAAAAGAUUAAAGAAAAGAGGAAGAUUAUGAUCGUCGAAUCUAGAGAGAAGCGACGCAUAAAUAAACCACGUCUGCCCAAGAAAGCAACAAAGAUUGACACAAAGGACAUGGCAAAUGACAUGGGAGAAAUGGGAGUGGAGGUCGAGGGAGGGGCACAUUUGGCCAGAGCCCGCUCAAGGAGUGCCAGUAAACAAGCCGUGAAGAGGAAGCGCAGCGAGUCCACCACAAUGGUUGAUACUGCCAAGACUAGGAGCCUGAGUCGCUCAAAGAUGCCGAGGGACAGGUCCGGUGUUCGGGAUGUUGUGAUGGCCUCCAAGGUGAAGAAGAUUGGAAGAAAAGCACAGGUACCGAGGAACAGAGAAGCCAAGAAGGGUGAGGGCGAUCGUGUCAUCCUUAACAUGAUGCCCAAACAUCUGUACUCUGGGAAACGAGGAACUGGCAAAACUCAACGCCGUUAAUAAAUUAUUAUUGGAACAGCGGGAAAAUUAUACAUGUUGACAAACAUCUGUGUACGCUGGAAAAAAGAGGAACUGGCAAAACUCCAUGCCGUUAUGAAGUUAUCUUUGGAACAGAAAAGAUAAAAUGAUUUACAACAUUGAUAAACAUCACUACACAUUUUAAUAAUGGACACUAAUGUCCUAUUUGUUAUGAUGUCAGCAGCAUUGAUCAUUCUUAUGUAAGUGACAUAUAAGAUUACUGUGUCGGUAGGAAAGGAAUGUCCACAUCGUGUUGGAAUAUCUUGUUUGACACAGAAUUACCAUGUGAAGAACGACAACAAAGCAAUGAAAAUAAAGAAAGCCACAAUUUUCAUUACUGACCGUGAUUUCAACCACGAUAACAUGUCAUGUUUUAAUAAAGUGGUUUUUGUUAUCGUGAA